AUGAUUGAAAGAAAUCGAGUUUCUAGUCAAUAAAAGCUUCCAACCUUAGACUUAUCGUCUACAAAUCGAGGAACCGCAGACAAGUUGAAAGUUAAUAUUACAAUUUAAUCAGGAGAUGCUUAGUUCAUCAGUUUUCGAUCUUUAAAUGAAAAAAAUCCUAGAUUUCCCUUACCUCACAAUUCAGUUGAUUCCUCCUCUAAUUUGAAUUCAAGCAUUUAGAAUGAUUUAAGUUAGAAUAAGAAAAUAGUUUAAUUAUUGGGCAAUACCCUCUACCGCUAGAAAUUUGAAUAUUAGGAAGUCCAAGAAACCUUAAUAAAAAAAAUGAGAACAAUGACUAGAAUGUAAAAAUAUGUAAAGCGAAUACCCCAUAAAGUAGAACCAUUUUAGAACCUAGAGAAAAUUGCUUAAAUAACCCAAUAAUAAUAAGUAAAAAAAAAAGUUUCAUUUCCAAUGUUUUAUAACGGUGCCUUCUUCACCAAACUUUAGCAUACUUGGAUACCAACUGUAAGAGAAAAUACAAUGGCAGCAGACUAUUAAAAGAGAAUAUACAUGUUUGGUGGAAUAGGAAGUGAAGUCUUUGGAGAUAUGAUUGAAUAUGAAAUAUAAUUUGGGAAAUUUAGAGAACUUAAAUAAAAAGGAGAUAUUCCAUUAAAUAGAUAUGGACAUUGUUUGCAUUGCAUAGGCUACCCUAUGCUUUUAUCUACUUAAUUUUCCUACGACAAUCAAUAAUAAAAUCCUAUUAAUGGAAGGCAACUAAUUAUUUACGGAGGAGAGAUGCAAUUUAACUCUGCGUUAAAAAUUAGAGAAAAUUUGAGUGACACCAGAAUCUAUGAUAUUGAAACAGAAACGUGGCAAUUACUCAAACCAAAUAUAGAGUGUAUACCAGAGAGCAGACGAUCAUUUGGAAGUUGUAUCAUAGGACGAGGCUUAUUAAUUAUGGGAGGCAUUAGAAGUAGAUUCACAGUAUUUAAUGAUCUUCAUUAUUUAAAUCUAAGUUUAUGCAAAUGGGCUCCUCUUGAAACAUAAAAGAAUCCUUUUAUAAAAGGGCUUGCAUUUUAGUAAUUAAUUUGUGUCUAUAACAAACCUUAGUAUAUCUUCGAAAAAAGAGAAACACGGUCUAAAUAAUUAAAAAAUUAGGAUUAUGAAGGAGUCUAUUGUUUUGGUGGAUGCUUUAUUGAUGAAAAUAAAAACACUUAAUAUUAUAGCAAUUUUUUAGCAAUUUUGAAAUUCGAUCAACCAUUUAAUAAUUGGGUUAUACCUGAAAUUACUGGUAAACCUCCCCUUCCCAGAAUCUAACAUACUGCUUCCUAUAUUCAAGAUAUGAAUAUUAUUGUCAUCUUUGGAGGAAGAGAUGAUUAAAAAAUCAACCCAUAUUUUAAUGAUUUAUUCGCUUUCAAAAUCUUAGAUCGAGAAUGGAUCCAGCUAGACAUCUUUGGGAGCAUUCCUCGACCAAGAGCUGCACAUACUGCUUCAGCUUACAAAAGCUAGAUUUUAUAUUUUGGAGGUGUUAAUCUAAAUGGGUAUGUAGAAUUUUCUGUAAAUAUUGCUGAAUUUAGUUAAAAUUAAAUUCGUUAAUUGGCAGCUGAAUAUAGGCCGAAUGACUAAAGAAAUGAUUAAGAAUUAGAAAAGGAAGAAUAAUAACCCUAGUCUAUUAUUAAUAAACAAUAUUUUUCUUUACAUUCAAUUAACCCUGCACCUUUAAAGAAACUAACUAAAGCUGAAGAAUUAGACUUGUAAAUAAAACAACUGUCCUUUCAAAAUUUUCCAAAGCAUCUUAAAUGA